UGCUUCAUCUCUGAGUGUUUUGAAAAGACAAAACACUCCUUCUUUCUUGUAAUGUAAAUAAAAGCUUGUUUGAUUUGUUGGUGACAAAAUAUGUAAACGAGUGGCUUUUUGUUGUCUUUUCGUUUAUUUUUUAACAUCAUAAUUUAAUAUUAUUGUCAAAUCUUAAAUAUGUGAUAAAAUAAGAUCAACAGUAAAUCUUGAUUUAUUGAAAAUUUAUUACUGUUUCUUGGUUCUUCCCAAGAAACAUGGCCAUCUCUACUUCAAAGACUAUUUCAACUUCACAAUUCAUCACAAAAGUCAUCUUUCCCUGUAUAUUUCUGCUUUCUGGGUUGUCAAUCUCAUUGGCUUUAAUUGAUGGAACCGUUAAAAUUUCAAACAAAUCGUCCAAAACAACAACAUCUCCACCCAUCUCCUCUCACACUGCACCGUUUAUUACAAGAGAACUUCAUAAAAUAAUAUCUUUAGAUGACAAUCAUGACCAACUUGUUAUAGAUCAAUCUGGAUCGACAAUCCUUUGUUUGACCAAAUCAACAAACAGUAGCAACUUCUAUUUAAGCUAUGAUGAAGGAUCAACGUACCAUAAAAUCCAUGGUUUACAAGUUAACGAUAGUCAAAAGGCCGUAGUAUCAUCUUUUUUUCAUCACCCAACUAUACCUGGUCACAUCAUAUUGACUGAUGUAAACAACAAGCUAAUAUUUGUAUCAUCGAGGGCAGGACAAGAAUUUGAAAAAAUUAAAGUCUCCUUUAAACCUUCUCUUAUAGUUUACAGUCCCUAUUCAGUCAACUGGAUUGCUGCUUAUGAUGAAGAUGACGGCUUUUUACAGAUUUGGAUUUCAUCCGAUGGAGGAUUCAAUUGGCAUGCAGUUACAGAGAAUGUAAAACAAUUUGCAUGGGGAUCAGUCCAACAAGGAGAAACCAUUCAAACCUUAUUUCUCAUUACUGAAUCGCGAAAUGGAGGAAGUACUUUAUCCAUUCUGACUAUGGAAGCUGCCGCCAAUAAAACCUUGAAAGUCAAGUCUACGCGAAAUGUGUUAACAAACAUUGAGAAAUUCAUUCUUCACAAUCGAUACAUUUUUGCAGUUCGUAAAUCAGCUAAAUUUGGAUCUACGAAUCAUCAAAGUGAUAGAGAACUGUGGCUAUCGGUUUCAGGUGAUGCAAACUUUAAUAAGGUUAUUUUACCAAUCACUAAUAAAACCUGCCUGGAUUAUCAAUUGAUUGACAUAACUUCGCACUUCAUCAUGAUGGGAGUUGUUCACAGUGAUCUUACUUCCGAUUUGCUGAUUUCUGACUCUACCGGUGUUGAAUUCAAAUUAUCAUUGCAAAAUGUUUUCCAUAAAUCCUCAAAAUCUACUAAACAACUAAACCCAAUAAACCAAGGAACCAUAGAUGUUCACAAAGUUGAAGGUUUAGAAGGAGUUUAUAUUGCUAGCAAAGGAAAUUCUUUCGAAGAAUCGGUUUCUGUGAUAACUUAUAAUUAUGGUGCAACUUGGUCUAAGAUUUCAUGGCCUAAAGAUCUUGAUGGAAAAGAACUAACUUGUAAUCAGAAUUGUUCAUUCCAUUUAACUCAUCUUGUCAACUCUACAAAAUCUAACUAUCAUCCACCCUCUUUAUCCAAAGAAUCUGCAGUCGGUCUGAUAUUGAGCCCAGGUAUUAUCAGUUCAACUAAAAAUGCAAGCCAAACAUCGACAAAUUAUUAUGUCUCAAGUGAUGCCGGACUUUCUUUUAUAAAAACAAGCAUAUCUGAACGUUAUUUUGUUGAUAUAAUUGAUUCCGGGUCCAUUAUUGUUGCGGUAAAAAGUUAUCUAUAUCAAGAAGGAUCGUCUGAAAUUCUUUAUUCAUUGGAUUAUGGCUCCUCUUGGCGUAAACUACCUUUUACGGAUAGAAAUGUUUCAGUUUAUCAUCUAAUGCCAUUAAAUGAGGGAAGAUCGUUAUCUUUCAUUCUUCUGUGUUUAAAUUCAAGUCAGCUUGCUCAACAAAAGAAGGGUUGGAUUGUUGUCAGAAUCGAUUUAUCUUCAAUUAUGAAUAAACCAUGUACUAAUGAUGAUUAUCAACUCUGGACUCCUCAUGAGCCUGAUUCCAAAUGUCUCCUUGGAAGUGAGAUGGGUUUUCAAAGAAAAAAAAUCAAUAUCAAUUGCUCAAAUUAUGGUAGGGAUCUUAACAAGCCAAUUAGAUCAAAUUCAUGUAAUUGUGUUCCAAGUGAUUACCAAUGUGAUUUUGGUUACACAUAUAAUAUUUCCCAUUCAGUUUGUCAGCAAACUGAUCCAGGAUCUGAUGCACCGCCAGAAGAAACUUGUCAACUGGGCAAAGCAUACUUAAAAACUAAAGGAUACACAAAAGUAUUUGGCAAUCGAUGUAAACAAGGUAUCGACAAUUUGGAACCCGAAUCUCUCAUUUGUGGAUCGGAAAACUCUGGAAGACAUACAAAAAAACAAAUGGGACUUAAUGGCAUUGGAACACUUUUGGCAUUUCUAAUUAUGACAAUUCUCUGUUUUAUUGUGGUCGGACUGAUUGUCCUUUGCCAAGGCUGUCCCUGUGAUCGAACCACGCAAGUUGUCAGAAGUAACUAUCACGUUUCACCAUCUGAUUCAAAUCGAUACGCCAUAAAUGUUACAUUUGAUAACAAAACCUUACGAAGUGAUUACGAAUAUUCAGAUGAUGAGCCACUUGUUCAAGCUUGACAAAAAUGCCAAAGAAAUAUCCAUUAUAAAACAAAAAAAGUUCUAGUAUUAAUUUUUCAACAUGAUUCCACUCACUACCAAUGGACUCACAAAAGACUUGGAAUGCAAACGACUCUACAUUUUUAAGUUUGCAUUUUCACAUCACAAUUAUAAUACGCAUUUUCAAUCAUCACCAUGAAAUCAGUGCCUCUUCUCAACUCUUGACAGUCAAUUUCCUAUUUGUUAACCUUUUUGUUCCAACUAAGACUUAGUUUAAACACAAUUCCUAAAGUUCACAAACGAUACAAUAUUUUUCCAUGUAGACUUUAUGAGAACAACAAUCAUGCAGAAAGUAAUUAAUUAUUAACAUACCUCACUCACUAUCCUAUCAAUCCUUACUACCGAACCUUCCGAAUUAGAUUAACAGAAAAGUCAAUUAGUUCAGAAUAUUCUAUCUUAUUCUUAUGAAUUGAUUCCUUCCCUUUAAUAAACCUAGUCCAUUCUUUUCAAUCGAUAUCAUGCCAUUUCUUUCACCUCGUCCAGAAAAUUAUCCUGAAAAAUUUCUACUCAUCUAAAAGUAAAGAUUUAACUCUUUUGAUGGCUGCUAAAACUUUCAUAAAGGUUUGGAACUCGUAAUCUCAAAACCCAGCUUCGUGUUAUUGCAGUAUUUCAGGAUGAGACAAAGAUGACCAAAACAAAUCAUAAUGUAUUUCUAGUCUUAAAGAUUAAAAAUCAGCAUCUCUUUACCUA